GGCGCCCGUUUGAUCCAUCCGGGUUGUGCCGCGACCAGCUCAUGCAGGAGGCCAUAUCGAAUCGUCGAAAGCUCAAGGCGAACGAGUCGGACGUGCUUUUCAAGAAGGCAAACGCCGCUCGGGCACUGGCCCUAGAUCGCCAGCGGGCUGAAGAGAAACGGAAGGAGCAGAAGGACCUGGUGUCUUCGAGCUUCAGUAGCUAA